AUGGAAGCAUAUGAAAUUGCCGAACGAACAGAACAUUUACCAGAUAUGGCAAGUAGUAUAGGUGAUAUUGGUUUAUUGCAUGAAAAUCAAUUGGAUUAUAAUACUGCAUUGAGUUAUUAUUAUAAGCAAUACGAUAUUCAUGAAAAAGCAUUAGAAUUAGACCAAGAUUUUAUUACAGAGCAACAUCUUUUCAUCGAUCUAAUACUAAUUGUCAAAUCGUAUAAGAAAAAUGAUAAUUUAAAAAUGGCUUUUAGAUUUUGUCAACAUAAAUUAGAUCAACAGAAGCGAACAAUCCCAGAAAAUCAUCCAAGAAUUGGUUAUACAUUGAACAUGAUUGGAAAUAUUUAUUUUUAUUUUGGAAAAGUUGACAAAGCACUUGAAUAUUAUUUACAAGUCUCUGAAGUUUUUGAUCAUUCUCAAACCUGCGAACAUGUGACCAUGAUUACAUGUCUAAGAAUGAUCGGUGCUAUGAUGUUUGAUAAAGAAAAUUAUGAUGAUGGUUUAAGUUAUUUGUUGAAAGUACUAGAUAUAGAAAAGAAAACAGACGAUCCGAAUUUAGCAAGUUCAUACAAAAGUAUUGGAGAUAUUUAUUGUAAAACAAAAAUUAUCAAAAAGCAUUCGAUUAUUAUUUGA